AUGGCGAACCGAAGCCCCAUCAGCGACCGCGUGCUACAGGCGAUUGUGACUAUACAGAGGGCCAGGCGAGUGGCUGGAGAAGGCGCCAGGGGAGGCCAGGGAGGUAUAAGGGGUGUAGAGAGUCAGCAAGGUCAAGCAAGUCAACGGAGCCAUGGUGGAGGGGAGGAUGGGAGGGUGCGUGGCGGGGGGGGGUCGCUGAAGGCCGUGGUGGCAGAGGUGGCGGGGGCGCUGGAGAAGCGCGAGGUGGAGGAGCUUAUGACGGAGCUGCAGCGACGCCACGACUGGAAGGCCACCCUCGAGGUGUUCGCGUGGAGCCAGCAGCAGGUGUGGUUCCGGCCCAACAUGCGGCUGUACAACACGCUGAUGGGCUUCCUGGCGAGGGAGCAGCAGGCGCACGCCGCCACGCUGCUCUUCCAGGACAUGCUGCUGUCGCGCGCGCGCCCCAACCACUUCACGUACACCGCACUCAUCAACGCGUACGGUCGCGCCGGGUGGUUCGAGGACGCCCUCGCUGUGUUCCACCACAUGAAGACGUGCGAUGAUGAUGACUGCCGGCCCAACACAGUGACGUGUAACGCGCUGAUUGGUGCGCUGUGCAAGGGGGGCAUGUAUGACGAGGCGGUGGAGGUGUUCAUGGACAUGCGUGCGGGGGCGGGCGGGGCGGGCGGCCUGCCACUCAACUGCAGGCCCAACAUAGUGACAUACAACACGCUCAUCGACACCUUGUGCCGGGAAGGCCAGCUCGAUGCCGCUCUGCAGGUGCUGGAGGACCUGUCAUCGGGCGUGCUGGACUCCCAGGUGGCCCCCAACAUAGUCACAUUCAACACCAUUAUCAACGCCUGCGGCAAGGCGGGCCGCGCCCCCGACGCAGAGGCCACGCUGCAGGCCAUGGAGCGCACCGCCAUGGCGCCCGACGGCAUCACGUUCACCGCGCUCGUGGACGCGUACGGCCGCAUGGGCGACGUGGAGCGAGCCGAGGAGGCGUUUCACCGCAUGCUGCAGGCGGGCAUCUCCCCAGACGUGUUCUCCUACACGGCCCUCAUGGCUGCCUUUGGCCGCGCUGGGCUGUCCGAUCGGGUCACGGAGACUCUGGCUGCCAUGCAGCGUGCAGGCGUGCCGCCCAAUGAGGUCACGUUUCUCACCGUGCUGGACGCCCACGGCAAAGCGGGUAACUACGAGGAGGCGGAGGCCACGCUCGCCGCCAUGGUUACGUGCGGUUACCGCCCGUCGGUGUACAGCUGGAGCUGCUUGAUUGACGCGUUUGGGAAGGCGGGGCUGUAUGCCAAGGCAGCAGGGGCGUUUGAACGCAUGCAGGCCGAGGGGUGCCGCCCGAAUCUGAUCACGUAUGCAGCCAUUUUGUCUGCUUGUGCGCGGUGCGAGAAGUGGGAGGAUGCGCUGGAGCUGCUGUACUGCCUGCAGAGGACUGGCGGCGAAUGGGAAGUCGCCAUGUGUCGCCUCGUGAUGGCUGGCCCAGAGGAGGAAGGAGUCGAGUGUGCGAGCGAGGAGGAGGUGGUGGAGGGACUGGUGAGAGGAGGGGCGCGGGGAGGGGCAGGCAGGAGGGGCGAGAGGUCGGACGAGGGGCUGUGGGAGUCGGCAGGGAGGAUGUUUGGUGCGUUUCAGGCGGUGCCGCUGCCCAUGCGCCGCUCCUUCUACAACGCUCUGGCCGACGUGCUCUGGAGCUUCGGCAUGCGACGCCGCGCUGCCCGCGUGGUGGCGCUGGGCCGCGGCCUGGGCGUGUACGGCGGGGCCGAUGACCUGCACAAGGAGGCGCGCGGUGCACGCAGGGGGGGCGCGGGGCGCAGGGAGAGCAGCAGCAGUGGCAGUGAGAGUGAGAGUGGGAGUGGUACUGGGAGUGGCAAGCAGAGGGGUGGGGGGGGCGGCAGGGGCGGGGGUAUGUGGAGAGAGGAGGGCGUGUGGAGUGUGGACCUGCACGAGCACUCCAUCGGCUCCGCUUGCGCCUUCCUCUUCCUCUGGCUCCGCGACCUGCGCACCGCGUGGCAGUGGCACAAUGAGAUCCCGGAGGCCAUCGAUAUAGUCACGGGGUGGGGGCGCCACAGCAAGCGCAAGGACGCCACGUCAGACAAGCCAGCACAGGUGGCGCCCCUCAAGGCAGCGAUCCUGAGGGAGCUGCUCCUCAUGCGCUCGCCCUUCCAGGAACUUUCUGUCAAUGCCGGUCGUCUAGUGGCGGGCGGGUGGGCGGCGUACUCGUGGCUGUUGCAGGAGGAGAUGGGGGAGCAGCUGCAGCUCAGGGAUGCGCCCCAGCCCGUGCCUCCUGGGGACAAGCCGUACCAACCACUGUAA